AUGGAGUAUCCACAGAAGAUGCUGGAGGAGACCCCGGCUGCGCUGAGAGAGGUUCGAGGCGUGAGUGUGCUUCCUCUUCGGGUGUUUGUUAACCCCCAGAUGAGAGUGCUGGAUGGAAGGACAGUGGUUUUCCAGGAGGCUUGUGAAAGUAUCUCAGGAUUUUCUGCUGCAGUGCCAAGAUAUCUAUCGGUGGAGGUUUCAGGCCUCAAUGAGAAAGCGGAGUCGGUGACGUGGAAGACCAGCGGCUGGGCAGCUCGUAUUCUACAGCACGAGAUGGACCACUUGGAUGGGGUUCUCUACAUUGACCGCAUGGACUCUAAAUCAUUCAUAAAUAUUAACUGGCCCGCUUAUAAUGAAUAA